GCCUGGUCGCCGGGCCCCCGAGGAUGGGGAACGGCACAUCCUCAGCUUUGGGGGAGCCAGUGACCACGCCGGUAAAUCAGAUCCAAGAAACCAUUUCUGAUCAUUGUGUGGUGAUUUUCUCAAAGACAUCUUGCUCCUACUGUACCAUGGCCAAGAAGCUUUUUCAUGAUAUGAACGUCAGCUACAAGGCGGUGGAACUGGACACGCUUGAGUACGGGAGCCAGUUUCAGGACGCGCUUUGCAAGAUGACUGGCGAGAGAACAGUGCCGAGAAUAUUUGUCAAUGGAACUUUUAUUGGAGGUGCCACCGACACCUAUAGGCUUCACCAAGAAGGGAAGUUGCUUCCGCUGGUUCAUCAGUGUUAUUUAAGAAAAAGUAACAAGCAUUUUAGUGAUCAUGUUUGAGGGUGUCUGAAUAUGUGAGUAAUCCUCGUGAAAAAGUUGCUAAAAUAAUGAACAAUAAAUGGCUGUGGCAAUGUCA